CGGCUGGCCGCGGCCAUGGUGGCGCUCAAGGGCGUCCCGCUGCUGUCCCCCGAGCUGCUGUACGCCCUGGCGCGGAUGGGGCACGGGGACGAGAUCGUACUUGCAGACGUGAACUUCCCCACUUCGUCGGUGUGCAGGAGUGGCCCGGUGGAGAUCCGGGCGGAUGGCCUGCGUGUCCCACAGCUCCUGGAGGCCGUGCUGCAGCUGCUGCCCCUGGACACCUAUGUCCCCAGCCCGGCUGCCGUCAUGGAGCUGGAGCCCAGCGAUAUGGAGAGAGGCCUGCAGACCCCCGUGUGGCAGGACUAUGAGUCCAUCCUGUCCAGGGCCGGCUGCACAAAAGCCCUGGCGAAGAUAGAGAGAUUUGAGUUCUAUGAGCGAGCUAGGAAGGCUUUUGCUGUCGUGGCAACCGGGGAGACCGCCCUCUACGGAAACCUCAUUCUCAAGAAGGGCGUGCUGGCCCUGGACUCGCUGUCCUAGGCCUGGAGACCCCCCCGGACCCGAAGAGGAUCCAGGACACCCCAGCAGCACCUGGGCCCCAGCCAAGGCUCCCAGGGGCAGUGGGACGCGGGGGCCUGUGAGGGUGAUGGCGACACGUGGCCCUGGGCAGCAGCUCUUUCUCCCUCAGGCUCCCCAGAGCCAGGGGUGGGCAGCAGGGUCUGGCCCGGACGUCUUGAAGGGGCUGUGUCGGUGCUGGUGAGGGGGUUGGGGCCACACUGGGCAGGGCCGGGGUGGUAGCAGCCGUGGCUUGGGUGUUGGAUUCCUGCCACUCAAGUGGGAGACGUGGAUGGCAUUCCCGUCUCCCGGCUGUUGUGGGCAUUUGGGAAGUGGACCAGCAAGGAAAGACCUCUCUCUCCCUCUCUCUCCCUCUCUCUCCCUCUCUCUCUCUCUCUCCCUCUCCCUCUCUCUCUCUCUCUCUCUCUCUCUCUCUCUCUCUC